UUGACCUGUUGAGAGUCAGACCGCUUCUCUCCACAAAGCCGGACCGAAAGCAACAGUGUCCCUCCCGCAGCUCUCAGCGGAGUGUACACGGUGUUCUACCCGCUCUCAGGGCUCCCAAGCCCGGGUAUGCCCCACCAUGUUCGACCUGAACGAAGGCUGGAACCUGUCUUUCGCCGGCUGCGGGUUUUUGGGGAUUUAUCACAUCGGAGUAGCGAGCUGUCUGCUGGAGAAAGCGCCGUACCUCAUCCGAGGAGCCACCAAGCUGUACGGAGCCUCUGCUGGAGCUCUGACCGCCUCUGUGCUCGCCAGCCAGGCUUCAAUCAUUAAAUGCUGUGAAGAUGUCAUCGAGGUCGCGAAAGAGGCCAGGAAGAGGAACCUGGGCCCCCUGCACCCGACCUUUAACCUGGUGAAGGUGAUAAAGACUGGCCUGGAUCGGGACCUCCCCUCCGAUGCACAUAUCCUGGCCUCGGGUCGGCUGUGCGUAUCUCUGACCCGAGUGUCCGACGGGGAGAACGUGCUGGUGUCAGAGUUCAACACUAAAGAUGAACUCAUACAGGCGCUGAUCUGUAGCUGCUUCAUCCCCAUCUACUGUGGCCUGAUUCCUCCGUCCUUCAAAGGAGUGCGUUACGUGGAUGGCGGGAUCAGCGACAACCUCCCGCAGUCGGAGCUGAAGAACACCAUCACCAUCUCUCCUUUCUCCGGAGAGAGCGACAUCUGUCCCCGAGACAACUCCACCAGCUUCCACGAGCUGCGCUUUACCAACACCAGCAUCCAGAUGAACCUGGGCAACAUGUACCGCCUCAGCAGGGCCCUAUUUCCUCCUGAACCGAAGGUGCUCGCUGAGAUGUGUCAGAGCGGUUACAAAGAUGCUCUACGUUUCCUGGAAGAGAACAACCUGAUGAUGCAGGAGCAGCCGACCUCGGGCCCCACCCUGCAGGACAGCCCCCCCACCUGCUGCUGCAAGCAGACGGAGACCACCAGAGAGUGGAUGCUGCGGAGGCUGCGCCUGCUGAGAAAGCAGCACUGGUGGCUGGAUGAGCAGAUCAUCCUGCCAACGCCGAUCAAGAAAGUGUUCUGUGAGGCCUGUCAGGAUAAAUCCGGCCUCUACACCAAAGUGUCCGGGAUGCUGCCGAUGAGAGUGGCCUCCUACAUGCUUAUGCCGUACACGCUUCCUGUGCAGUCGGCCUACUCAGCCGCUCAGAGGUUUGUGGAGUGGAUCCCGGAGGUGCCAGCUGACGUGAGAUGGAUGUUCGGGGUGGCAGGAGACGUGUACAGACAAGCUUGGAAGGGAACACCAGCCAACUCUCUCAGUGAGCCGUGUCUCAGGAAGUGUCUGAGCGAUCCGGCCCAGGCUUCAGAUUGUGACAAACCCAUGCACAGAAACAACCCGCCCGCUCUGUCUGCUCUGGACCUGCACGGGAGCUACUGGGAGAUCCCAACUUCCGCCCCCUCCCCUUCCUCCUCCCGUCCUCCUCACAUCGCCCCCUCCUCCCCCACGCAGGUCUGCUUCUUCGUGGGCUUGCAGGAUGAAUCUCAAAGCCUCACACAGUAGUGGAAUGAUCUCGGACCGGCACCUUAACAACAACGGGGUCAGAUUUCCACCUGAGGGGAAAGUCUGAAGCGUCGUUUAUCCCCGACUCUGAACACUCCAGACGGCAUGCAGUUCAAAGUGUGUCAAAGAGUGCUCUGGAGAGCAGCAUCUCCACUUACUCAGGAUCAUAGAUGAGUUUUAUGACCUGAUUUCAAUGUACAGCACAGAAAUGUGUCUCCUUUUACAGCCUUACCACAACCUUACCUACCUGUUUGUUUGAAAUUUACUCAUUUGUUCCUAUUUCUGAUACUUCAUUCAUUUUAAAAUCCUUUUAAAUUUGCUCUAUUUACUCGUUUCUUAUUUCUGUUGUGUUUAUUUUUGUUUAUUUUAAACUUUUAAGGCAUCGUGGUGGUUUUAGAAAGCCGUAUUGGAGGUUUUGUGGCUCCUGUUUGACAAAUCAAAGGUCUCCAUGAAAUCAAAAUAGGAUUUCAAGUUUCCUUUAUCCCACACUGAAUGUCUUGUGUUAUAUCGUCAUUUUUUAUCGCAGGUUUUAAGCACAAUAACAAGAAGACAUUUUGAAGGUAUUCAUAACAAUCUUUCAACCUUGCACUUUGGUGGGGUAAAUGCUAAUUAUUUUUGUCUAACGUGAUCCUUUCUUAGGUUAUUAGUACUCUAAACCUUUUAAGUUACCUGCCAGAGCACCUGCACACGCUAGCAACCUGAUUCACCUCUCACACUACUAAAUAAUUUAAGUUUUCUUGCCCUUCUCGCUCAUGUUCUCCCAUUUUAAUAGCGAUUAUUAGAUGUCUGGCUACCUAGCUUGUUAGCUAGUAAUCAGCUAACAGUUACCAGAGUUUGUUACAUUUAUUGUGUAACAGUUUUUAUCUCACAUCUAUUGUGUUUUUGUUAAUACUUGUCCUAUCUGUGAAACCUGGUCUCAAGAUUUUUCACAGUUUAAAGCUAGCAACAGGAGACCUGUCGAGCUAACGAUUCACCUAAAAGCGGUGUGUUUGCCAAAUAUUUAUCUCCUUAAAUUUAUCCCUUAAGUUAAUUAUUUUUUUCAGUCUUCCUGUUCUCGAAGGAAGUAAGUAUCAGAUAAACAACAAAUACUUUCAGUCACAUGCCAGAGCGCUUGUACAAGCUAGCUCAGGGAUUAGCAUCCCAUCCUAUCUAUCAGUUUUCAUUUUCCAGCCCCUCUCUGGCAAGUUCUCCUAGCUUUUUCAUUUCACCUUUUUUAUUUUCCACCUGAUGAUGAAAAACAGAGUUGACCAUUUGCUAAUUCCAGCUCAUCCCAGCUAUCAUCCCAUUUCAGCAUUAGCAAUAAAGUAAUUUGGUGUGUCUAAUUUCUCCUUACAGUGAAUCAGGGUUCUAAAGCUGCCCUGAGACAGGUACUUUUAAAGUUUUUGGAGGGCAGCAUCCAAACCGGAAAGGAAAAAUCUAAAUUUGAUGGUAAAAACUGUGUUAACAGUAAAAAAAAGAAAAGGGUGUUUGUUUGUCCUCUUUAAUUGUGACGUUUAGCAUGUUCCACUAUCUAGCUUAUUAGCUAAAGUAAAAAAUUAACGACAUUCAAAGAGUUGCAAUGUUAGGCUUAAAGAAAGGACUCAAUUCAGACCCUUUAUUAGAGAUGCAUUUACUCCAACUCUCAAAGCUAGUAAUAGCUAACAUUAGCUUAUAGCAAGCUAGCCAAUGUUACGGUUAAAGAAUUUUAAGUGAGGCUGAAACGAUUGAGAAAAUCUGAGGUGAUAAAGGUUCUGGUGUUAAUUUGGCCCAAAAACUAAUCCAAUAAUAAUGUCUGUUUCUUUUUUAUUAUUGUUGUUGCUUUUGUUUAGUUUUUGUUGUUAUCAAUUCCCCUGUAGAGACCCAACUUAUCUUCAUUUAAAAAACAUGGGUGCACAUUGUUGAAGUCGUUCAAGCCCUGACUACAUUAUCUUUGAGUGAGCACAAAUUCAGUCGUUUAAAAUUAUCAAAAAGCACUUUAGUGGUAGUUUCAUAGGAACUUAAAUUAAGCUAAAAUUGCUUAUGUGUGCUGUUUUUACAGGGAUGUUAUUUUUCAUUUACCACACAUCUUGUUUGUCGUUGACGAUUUCAACUCUAAGAUUAAUUUGUUAAGAAGGUUGUGGCAUAUAUAAUAGAUAAAUUAUAGCAUAUGCUACAAAAUGAAAUGCUAGUUUUGAUAAACCUAAGUGUACUUAAACUGAAAUUAUGUCAUAAAUGAUACACUUUAACCCUGUCCCUUUUCAUGUAUUAACAUUAAAACUUGCCAAUUUUCGUAGCAUAAAGCCAGCAACAGAAUCAAUGAGUGUCAGUUUGCUCAUGGGAAACUUUGAGGACUUCACUUUAAUUAUUUAUUUUUGCCAAAAAUAAAAGGUGACUACUGACCGUGUCCUCUACCAGCGUUAUCGUAAUGUCAGUGUUAUCAAUGUAAACAGUUUGACCUUCUACCUGUGAAUCUACUUUGUCACUUCUCACUUGAAUGUAAAGUUAUGUUUAUGCACUGUGACUAUCUUUUAAGAUUAAAAUCUUUUAAAAUGA